UAUUAAAAUUAGUUCCCAUUUUCAGUUGUACUGUUGUCUUCAUAAAGCAUAUUUAGUCAGUUUACCAAAAUUAAAAGUUAUUAAUGGCAGAUUAUGAUCCAUAUGCAAGUCGAGAAGUGGAAGUUCCGCUGACCGUCUGGGAUGCGUUUUUCUCAUUGGUGAAAUGCGUUAUUGGCACUGGCAUUUUGGCCAUGCCUUUAGCCUUUAAGUUCACUGGCGUUCUGGGUGGAUCCGUUCUAACUGUGCUGUCUAUGUUUGUGCUUAUUUAUGGCAUGGAAUUGCUGAUCAUGUGCAUGGUGGAGUCGUGUAGACGAAAAAAAGUCCCAUAUAUGACGUUCCAUGAGACAAUGGAGUUCGCCUUUGAAGAGGGACCCAAAUGUUGUCGUUGGUUAUCCAAGGCAGCUGGAUAUUCGGUGGAUAUUAUUCUCGGAUUAUCGCAUUAUGGUGUCAAUGUUGUCUAUAUUGUUUUUGUGGCUGUCAACUUGAAACAAUUCAUUGAAGAGUAUUUUGCUAAAAUCGAUCUUCGGAUUUUGAUCGCAAUUGUUGGCAUUUGUUGCAUUCCAUUAUUCUUAUUGCGACAUCUGAAGUAUUUGGUGCCCAGCAAUAUACUCGCUACAUGUCUGAUUCUGCUCGGAAUCUUGGCUAUAUUUUGGUACUUAUUCCGUGGCCUGCCAUCGAUAUCGGAGCGAAAUAUGUUCCCGGACCUGAUUAAAAUACCCUUUGCCUUAGGCAUUGUAUUGUUUUCCAUAUCAUCCGUGGGUGUGAUGCUCGCUAUUGAAUCAAAAAUGGCAGAGCCGAAGAAAUAUUUGGGUUGGCUGGGUGUUCUGAGUGUCGCCGCGAUAUUGAUAUGCAUACUUUAUAUUUUCUUCGGAUUGAUUGGCUACUGGCGUUACGGUGAUGCCACUGAAGCGACUAUAACUCUCAAUAUUCCAGUUGAAGAAAUUCUCGCUCAGAUAAUCAAAUUGGGCAUAGCUGUUGCCAUAUUUCUCACAUAUCCACUUAGCGGAUAUGUCACCGUCAACAUUAUCAUGGAUCAUUUGAAGAAGCGCGAUCUUAAAAAUCCUCACAUGGUUGAAUAUAUCGUACGUAUCUGCUUUGUCCUGUUAACCACAUUAAAUGGCAUCGCAUUUCCCAACUUGGGUCCAUUGCUAUCGUUGGUGGGUGCUUUUUCCAUCUCGGUGCUGAAUUUGAUAUUCCCAUGCUUCAUCGAGUUGUGUUUGUACCACGAUUCUUAUGGCAAAUUUUUAUGGAAACUCUGGAAGAAUAUUCUUAUAAUUAUCUUUGGAUCAAUUAUAUUCUUUUAUGGCAGUUAUACAGCGUUCGUGGAAAUGAUUGAAGAAUAUUUUACAUAGUCCGAGGAAACAACAACAGCGAAAGAUACAACAACUGAGGUUGCAACGACCUAAAAAACCUAAAAAAAGU